UCUCCGGAAUCGCAUUAGUUAGAAAGUCACAAUUCACCGUCCAAGUCAAGUCAAGUUAUAAUGCGCUCCGUUUCCGUAAUUGCCAUUGCGGUGUCCAUGAUCAUCGUGGGACUGCUCUCGAUGGAAGCCCAAGCCGACAUCUACACAGAGAUGGCGGCCUGUCCUUGCCCUUUGAUCUACCAACCCGUCUGCGCCAGUGACAAUGUUACCUACUCCAACGAUUGUGUCCUGACCUGCGCUAUGGCUACUCCAACCGGUACCAGACUAUCGUUGAAGAAACUCCGAGAUGGAUCCUGCGACAAUACAGAACUAUGCGCAGAACGUUUAGAACGAUAACGAAUAAUGCGCCGUUCUGGAAUAUUUGUGGGUAUUUUUGCCCUUUCACUGGUUCUGCUGAUGGCGGAGGCUCGGAGUGACUCCCAGAGGGGAGUAUGUGCGUGUCCGAGGAUUUACAUGCCGGUUUGCGGAAGCGAUUUCAAGACCUACAACAAUGACUGUCUUCUACGAUGCGAAGCUGCCUCUGAUUUGGGAAGAGCGAACAAUCUAAGUAAAAUUGCGGAUCAACCAUGCGACAUUUUGGCAGAUAACGUGGACGAAAAUGUUCCUGUAGAAUAUUGAAAAAAUGUGGAACCUUGAGUAUUGAUGUACAAAAUAUGUGAAACAAUUGGUGAAAUGUGAUAUGUUGUGAAUGAUAUAUUGGUGUCUAUGUAACAGAAAAAAAACAAGUAUAAAAUUUUCAAUAUAA